AUGUCUGUCCGUCGAGCAGCGGCGCAUCUGCCCUCGCGCUCCGUCCACCUGCGUAUUGUGCCGCGGCCAGCCAACCUGUCGGAGAGCCGAGAGAUGCUGCGCGUGCUGCAGCGCUUCGGCGACAUCAGCACCUACAAGCACCUGCGCUACGAAUACCACAACCCGGCCGACAACGUUGCGCUCGCCAUCUACCGCACCCCCGACGGCGCGCAACAAGCCCUCAACGCCUCGCCCCUGCGCUUCGCUCUUGAGCGCCACGCCAACCCCGCCGAGCUCUCGUACGCGGCCGAAGAGGCAGAGCAAGAUCCGGCCUCCCUGCCACGCGCCUCGUCCGCCGACAACCUCUCCGAAAUGACGCGCCCCAGCAAGCUCAUGAACCGCGCCCUCUCUGCCUCUGCCUCUGCCUCUGUCUCUGCCUCUGCCUCUGCUUCUGCCUCUGCCCCAGCGCAAACGCCCACAACCCCCACCCCAAUGCCCUUUUCCGCGCCCGCGUCCAGAGCCACCACCACGAAAUGGUUCCAAGUCACCGUCGACCGGUCACGCGCCGUUCACCAAGACUUUGUCCAGAGACAGCCGCUGUGGAAACAGUUCACCCCGAUGAAGAGCAUGGCCCAGGAGGACCUGGCCAAGGUGGUCCCUCACCCAGGCCUGAGUGACGUGACCAAGCGGCCACCCCAUGCGCAUCGCACCCCGAGCAAGGUAUUGAAGAGCAUGAGCAAGUGGGUCGAACAUGGCAUGCCCAGUCUGAGAGGCCUGUGGGAGGAGGCUCAGGCUCAGCCUAGGAGCCCCAGACGGCCCUGA